AUGGAAUCACCCAAUAGCAGUCGUGGAAGAGGUCGUUUCUCAGCAAGAAAGCGCAGCACUGUCCCUGCUCGCUCAAAUUCUCAACGACGCUCAGAGCCUUCUGAGAUGCCGUCAUCCACCCCAGCCGCCCCAGUGGCGCCGGCAUCAACCUCAUUCACUUUUGAGACCCCAAGCCCAUCCAAUACUAGAGGCACACGGAUGCGGACACGGAACAUUGAUGGUACCAAUGCUUCGCCUGAGGAUGCCACAAGCAAAGGCGGCCGCUCUCUCCGGAAGCGCACUCGCAUCGAUUAUUCAUUCGACCAAGACGAGGAGGAGCAGAGCAUAGAUGCCAAGCCAACUCCCACGACUACUCGUUCAUUGAAGAAGCGUAAGGCUGACCCUUCAUCCCAGUAUGACGAUUUUGGAGAGGACUUUGAGCCUGCGAUCAAGCAGCGGCGGACAUCGGAACUACCGUCCAAACCAACCGUGCGACGUCAUACCAGCAGAAAGUCGAUGAUCGAGCUGAGUGCGUUUAUUGCAGAUCAGCCUCAUGACGGUAUAGCGGUUCAAGACACUAUUGAGGUCGGCGGCCAUCGCUCUCAGCAGUUCUCAGCGGGAUCAUCUCAACGGCGUAGCUCGAAUAUUUCGCAGAAAGAUAUCUUUUCUGAACAGCUAACUACGGAGCAGCCAGGUCUGAGAGCUGUCUUCCCUAUGUCUUCCCCCCAACCUGUAUCUUCACCUAUUUCCUCAAUUGAGCUCACUGAUGAGCCAGAGACCGACAUCAAGUCAGAAGUUCAAGAGGUCUCCAUCCCCAAACUCGAGAUGGCAGCCGUUAGCUCCACAGUGUCUCAUCAGCCAGAGAUCGAGGAGCCUCUCGAGCAUCUGUCUGCCUCGAGCCCUGCUCCCAUUGUUGCACGUUCGUCUCCUGCGCCGGCGACUAAAGAGGACCCCGAGGAUCCAUACUCGCACCUGACUCCGUAUAUCAGUGGAGCCAAUGUGUACUAUCCCACCCUUCAAGCCACUGCGGUUGCACCCUCAACCGAACCAGACGGUAUCGCCGAUGACACUCCUGUUGAUGAAGUCCUGGAGGAUCCCAACGAAUUGCCGGAUGAUAGCACACCGGCUGGGUCGCCUGCUCCUGUUGAAGACACGGCCGCCAAUUCCCCAGCGGCGGAAAUAGGAACACCAGACGUCGCGGCAGUCAUACCGAAGAAGCAGUACCCUUACAAAAAGCUUCGACCUGCACAAGAUUUCAUUGAUUUCAUCGCUGAUUAUGAGACUCUAUCACCUGUAGAGUUGUGGGCACGGCUGGAACAUUUGACCGGUGUUCUGGAAACGAUACAGAACGAGCACAAUGAUUGUCGUAAGCUAUUAGAUGACGAAGACAAUGCCGUCAAAUAUCAACAAGAAGAAUCGGUCUUCCAACACCGUGUCAAAUUAGCACGCAGCAAAGACCCUAACGCCAAUCCUCUUCGCAAGGAGUUCGUGGUCAAGGGUAUCCGAGCCCCAAGACAAGAUGCAAUGAUCGAAUAUGCCAAGCAACAGGAUCGUGUCAUGGCCAACGCCUACGGCUUUGAGUAUGAUGAUCGAGAUUCGAAGAUCUCCCAGCAAGACCCUAUUGGUCAAAGAGGUGGCAUCGGCAAAGGCCGCCUGCGGGACAGGCCUAAGCAGACAGCUAAGGCGGCCGAAGCUGUCGACGAGGGCCCUGUUGUUCAUGGCAAACGCACUAGGAAGGCGCCCAAUCUGUUUGGUGUGGGUGACGUCGAGCCGGCUAGCAGAGGCUCGACUCCGGCUCCAGCAUUGCCACGUAAGCGACGUGGUCGUCAAGCAGCCGAAGACAAUGAUGUCCCGGGCGCUGUCGGCGAAACCCCCAUCGAGGAAUCUCCGAAGAAGCGCGGCAGAGGUGGCCGACCUCGUAAGAAUCCUCUUUCGGCUGUCGUACUCGAGGAUGAUCACAUGCUCGAUCUCGACGCCGAGGCCGAAAUGCAAGAAGAGACUCGUACAUCACGCAAGCGUAGAAGAAGACAUGUGGAUGAUGAUGAGGAUUUUCUCACCAACGGCACCAACGGCCAGACUCAUCUUGGUGUAGGUACUCGCCGCCGCAACUCUCGCCUUGGCCUUGGUGAGAUACCGUCUGGCUCCUUCUACAGUAACGCGUCUACUCAACCCAAUGAAGAGUCUCGUCCUAAUACAUCGUCGUCAACUGCAACUGCUUCGACUUCUGCGUCCGCCUAUGGACUGCGCGAGAAGCGACAGAAGCGCUUUUCUCUUGACGACGAUGAAGACGGAGACUUCGAGGACGACGAACAACCCAAGCCCAAACGAGUUCGCCGUGUUCCCAAGAAAGUCCAAGAGCAAGAUUUUGCCAAUAUCACCCCUAGUAACAUCCCUGGCAAUGAACCACCUGUCGCCGUAGUGCCAAGAGUGCCUAGAAUAAGGGUCAAGAAUUCCAAUCCUACAGCAUUAUCAGCAUCCGCUCAGGCCGCUGCGCCUCCCAGCGCUGCAGCAAGUUUGCCACCUAGUGGUGACUCUACACCUGCACAAGUCGCCAAUGGUGAUAUCUUUGAGGAGAACAAAGAUUAUGGCCAGUUGACCAAGUCUGAAAAGAUGUCGAUGAGCAUGAAAGCUCGUUGGGCUUCUGGGUCCAUGUCGAACGCAGUUGCUAAGAGACGUGCUACCCUUGCAGCCAAGAAGGCGGCAAAUCAGACACCAGUGCCAGAAGGUACUCCCGAGGUCGUUUUGGAGCAACAAGGACAGGCGUAA